CCCACCAUAUUGGGUAGGCCCAAAUAGGAGUUAGUUAACUUCAGCCCAAAUAAUGGGACUAUGUGGAGAAAUGAGUUACUAUUAAUAGUGUAAUAGGAGUAUUUUGUGAGUUAUGUGAAUUGUGAAGUUUGUUAUUCUCUCCCUCUGAACUCUCUAUGUUCACAUCUUGUAUCCUUCCACUCACUAGAGUUGGAUUUAAUUUCCAGAAAAUUCAAUACAAUUUCCCUUGUCUUUAUCCUUUCAAUUUUACACUUGUUACAUUGGUGCUUUCAUUGUCACCAUGGCAGAGCAUAGAUUGAUGAGUGAUGCUCAAUUUAAAGAAAGGGUAGAACGCCGCAAUAAGCGAUUAGAUCGAAUUGAUUUCUUAUUGGAAGCGUUACUCCAAAAGCAAAAUGAUUCGAAGAGCUCUUUCCGUGGUGCGAUGAACUCAUCUCAGGAGACCCUACGACAACCAUUCCGUUCUAAUCACAUAUCCCAUGUUGCUGAAUCGUCAAGAAAAUUUAAACAGCGCAUGGCAGAAUUGUCACGAGAAAAUCCAAUUGCAAAACCGUCGACGCCAUAUUUGGACAGCUUGGUUGCAAAUUUGCCUAUAAUUGCUGCCGAUAUCGACAAAUCAUCUACUGCUAAUGCGCAGAGGAAUAAAGAAAUCCCACGAGCAAAUGAGUUUAUGGUUCAAAGUGAACCAAAAUCCAUGGUGAAUACAAUCGGUGAUUGCAUCGGGAAAAUCGUAGAAUCGCCGUUGAACAAAGCUCUUCCAGUUACGACAAUCUUUUCCUCUUCCCAGGACUUGAUUUCCACGCAUUUCUUCCCUAAUGAAGACUCUGCAAUAUCUGACUCAGAGCAUGCCGAUGCCAUCAACAAGGAUGUUGUGAGAAAUCAAGGUUUGUCUUUGCACUGUGAAAUUCCUCCUGCGUUGCAUUUUAUGAGUAUAGGGAAUAAACAAGCUAGUUGUCUGGAACCUAAGUUUCAAUUGCACUGUGAUAAAAUUUUGGAGGAGAACACAGUGGUGUCAUUGACUGCCUCAAUUCAAACAUGCCUAUCUUAUGUUCGACAAAAUGUCCCAACACAUUCACCACCACCAAAACCACCAGAUUGUGCAUUAUUGAACCCUCAACUAUCACUUGAACCACCUAAUGGUGUAGCCGUUGAGAACCACUUAAUGUUUCCACCGUCGCCAAAACCUGGUGGUCACAAAUUUCAAUCGACCCAAGGGGAAUUGCAAGUGAAGCGAGCAACCGCUGUUCUUCCACCACCUCCUGAGCCUCCCGACAUAGAACACAUAAUGGUGGUUUUGCAGGAAUUUGUUACACUUACAUUUCCCAAAUUGAUUGGCUUUAGGAGCUUUUAUCGAAAUAGAUAUAGUGUGACUGGUUUGAUAUCUGUGAGCUUGAGCAUCUUGUCUCAACUUGUGGUUAUUAAUGUUUUUGACAACAAUCUUUAUACCAUGGUUUCCAUCUUAUCAACAAUGAAGUUACUGUCAGAUGCUAGUUAUGCUCUUACUUGCUCUGUUGGUCUGAAGGUCACAACACAAAUGAUGCUCUCACUUUCUCGCAAUGUCACAAUGAGUCUACUGCUGAAACCACGCGAGGAUGUGUUUGCUGCUCGGGUUGCUUUGGAAACGAAUAUGCCAUCACCAGACUAUGUUAUUAGUAUGCUACCUCUGCUUGGGCCUCCUCUCAUAGAUGAGGGCAAGGAUUAUGACAUGAAACAGUCGAAUCCUUGUAAUUUGUUUUCUACUUCACCACAUUGUAGAAGCCAUGUGUUUAUGCAUAAUAAGAGAGUGCCGCCAAAAUCACACUGUGGAAUUUUUCAAAUAUAUCAGUGUGUUGUUGCUGAUAAAUAUCUUGAAUUUUCUCACAUUUGUGGAGUGAAGUUUCCCUUUAAACUCCGGAAUGGAAAUUGGGUUUAUGGCUUUCUUGCGUGGUUUACAUAUACCCAUAACUUGUUGUCUCUUGCUAGUGGUACAGAGAAAGGGACAUAUCAUAUUUGUUAUUGUCUGCAACUUCUACCUUGUCAUAAGAAUGUUAAUAUUGGGUUCUAUUUGUUCCCAAAAUGCACAAAGUGUCACAGUUGUGGAUCUAACAUUUCUCGAAGUGGUGUGAAAUGGUUUUUGGGAUACACUUAUCAAUAUGCAUGUGGUGAAUGGUUUAUAAAAGGAAACUAUUGUAUUGUUGUUGAAAAGACUCGCAGGGACUUAGAACAACAGCAAAUUUGCCAAGGAGUGGAUUCUUGAGAUGUUUGCAAAUACUUGGUUUUGUUUUAAUCAUAAAUGCACCGCACUUUGGAAUGGUCAUGAACAGGGUAUUAGUGAGGCAUAUCUUCCAGCAAUAUAUUACACACCUAAGGAUCAGCUAGUUAUUCACAAAAAUCAUUUUACUGAUUUGUUUCUUGGCAAUCUUGCCAUUGUUUUUUCCAUCAUGUUGAUGAGGAUAGAUGGUGGACAUUUGAGAAACUAUACAGCAGUUAUGUGGUCACCAUUCAAACAAUGGGAUCCGGGUAAAAUUUGUGUUAUGAGCAAUUUUUACAACCUUGAGGACAAGGUUGAUUUUAAAGGGGAAGGUAUUGUAAUGAACCCACCAUAUUGGGUAGGCCCAAAUAGGAGUUAGUUAACUUCAGCCCAAAUAAUGGGACUAUGUGGAGAAAUGAGUUACUAUUAAUAGUGUAAUAGGAGUAUUUUGUGAGUUAUGUGAAUUGUGAAGUUUGUUAUUCUCUCCCUGUGAACUCUCUAUGUUCACAUCUUGUAUCCUUCCACUCACUAGAGUUGGAUUUAAUUUCCAGAAAAUUCAAUACAAUUUCCCUUGUCUUUAUCCUUUCAAUUU